GAAAAAAUCCCAAAAACCCAACUAGAAAAGGCAAAACGAAAAAACUACCACUCUCUUUCCUACAAUCUCCCAUCAUCCCGAUUCAAAUACUCUAUAAAAGCCAUCUCGUAUGCUCUUUCUAAUUCAGUCUCAGCUACAAUACGAACCAAGCAAGGACAUACACUGCUAUCUGCGCGUACGGUUAAAUAACGGAUAAAAAUUAUUAUUUUCCACCACCCAAAGAUACACAGUGAAAAGAAAAAAAAAAACAAUAUAUCCUUCCACAAAAUUUCCAUGUGAAUCCUCUCAUCGUCGUUUUUGAAAUUUUUAUUUUUUGAUUUUAUUUUUUCAAGAUUGGAUUUACGUUUUGCUAAGCCAGAAAAAUAAAAUAAACGUGUUGUGACUGUGAAGUGUUCCUAUUUCAAAAUUGAAAAAUAAAAAAAAAAAUAUUAAAUAGAAAGAAAAUAUAUUAAAGUGAAAAACAUCCUUGCUGAUAUUGAAAAAAGUCCUUAAAGAGAAAAUUUUUAAAGCAAGGAAGUGAAACGAAAUAGGAAAGAAAAUAAUACCAAAAAAAAAAUAAAACCAAAACGAAAAAGCAUAUUCGGACUGCGCGAACUCACGCACAAUUUUUUUCUUUUUCAUUCUGUCUUCUCGUAAUUUGGUGGUAUCCUUUGGUCCUUUCUUCUCGUUUUUUGUGCUUCUGUAUUUUUCUGUUAAAUUUAUUUAAAUUAAACGAGAAAACCCAAAAAAAUCGAACAAAAACCUCAAACCCAGUGAUUUAGGGCGAUUUCGCUUAAAAAAUGUGUAGUUUUUCGCUAAGUCAUUAAAACUUGUUGAAAUUCGCGUCGAAGACCGGUUUAAAAACUAUGGAUACGUGCAAAAAACUCUGAUUAACAAAUUACAAUAAUAAAAAAAAAUAAAAAUUGUGUUAUAACGGUUAAUUGGAUAUAAUAAAGCUCAGCGAAAAAAAAAAAUCAAAAAUGGAAUUUACAAAUAAUUUCAUGCUUUUGAUUCUGCUGACUGUCUUGACUGCCUCAGCAGAUCAACAACAACAACAAUACGCUGCCAAUCAGAAAAUGAUGGUAGACAACACGCAACAACAGCAUCUUAAUUCAGCUCUGGAUGGAGAUGCAUCCGGUGGUACACAAUCCCGUUACGAUGCACCCGAUGAUUGUCAUUUUGGCUUGGCUGAGCCAGGAGUUUCCGAUGAUAUUGCAUUGACGUGCAAUUUGCGGACGGUAAAUAGUGAAUUCGAUACGACGAAUUUUAGUGUCAUUCCAUCGGAGAAUACAGUUGCAUUGCAUGUGCUGUGUAAUGAUGAAAUCAUGGCCCGUAGCUCUUUGGAACCGCGCUCGUUCGUCCAUUUGACUCGGCUAAGGGAGCUUUCAAUUGAGUUUUGCAAGAUUGCGAAAUUUAAUCGUGAAGUCCUCGAAGGGUUGUCUGAUCUGAGGAAUUUAACAAUUAGAACGCAUAACAUUAACUGGCCAACGUUAAAUUUCGACAUCGAGUCGGAGGCUUUUGGGCCAACAAAGAAUCUCGAACGACUUGAUCUGAGCCAAAAUAACAUAUGGUCUUUGCCAGAGAAUCUGUUUUGCCAUUUAAAUGGCCUGGCAUCUCUGAAUAUGAGCGAAAAUCGACUUCAGGAUGUCAAUGAAUUGGGCUUUAGAGAACGCUCCAAAGACAUCGAGCUUGUCUCAAGCACAGCAAGCAGCCAGGAAUCAGCAACUACCGCCAAGAAACCACCAUCGAUUCCAUGCUCGCUUGAUUUGGAAAUUCUGGACGUUUCCUUCAAUCACUUCGUGCUACUGCCUGCCAAUGGGUUCGGAAAUCUUCGGAGGCUGAAAUUCUUGCAAGUGAAUAAUAACGAAAUUUCGAUGGUCGCCGAUAAGGCCUUGAGUGGUCUGAAGAAUUUGCAAGUUUUGAAUUUGAGUUCAAAUAAAAUCGUGGCACUGCCUUCGGAGCUUUUCUCCGAGCAAUCUCAGUCAAUUCAGGAGGUUUAUCUCCAAAAUAAUUCAAUAAGUGUGCUUUCACCGAAGUUGUUCUCAAAUUUGGAUCAGCUUCAAGCUCUGGAUUUGUCUUUUAAUCAAAUUACUUCCACCUGGAUUGAUAGAGCUACUUUUACCGGUCUAAUUCGUUUGGUCCUCCUUAACUUGUCCCAUAAUAAACUAACAAAGCUUGAACCCGAAAUAUUUGGGGACCUCUACACUCUCCAAAUCUUGAAUCUUCGACACAACCAGCUGGAGAACAUCGCUGCCGACACCUUCGCUCCAAUGAAUAACCUGCACACACUCCUGCUGUCACACAAUAAGCUUAAGUAUCUCGAUGCUUAUGCACUGAACGGUCUGUACGUCCUCUCGUUACUGUCUCUCGACAAUAACGCUUUGAUUGGAGUACAUCCUGAGGCUUUCCGCAACUGCAGCUCUCUGCAGGAUCUAAACUUGAAUGGAAACCAGCUUAAGACAGUUCCUUUAGCUCUUAGAAACAUGAGACUUUUGAGAACCGUUGACUUGGGCGAAAAUAUGAUAAGCCAAUUGGAAGAGACUGCAUUCAAAGGUCUGGGCAACCUUUAUGGACUUCGUUUGAUCGGCAACUACCUUGAGAAUAUCACAAUGAAUUCCUUUAAGGAUCUACCAAGCCUGCAAAUCCUGAACUUGGCAAGAAAUCGAAUCCAAGUAAUUGAGCCCGGUGCAUUUGAAAUGACAUCAAGCAUUCAAGCCAUUCGUCUAGAUGGAAAUGAUUUAACCGAAAUCAAUGGACUCUUUAGCAAUAUGCCAUCACUACUAUGGCUCAACAUCUCCGACAACCAUCUGGAGCAUUUUGACUAUGCUCACGUGCCAAGUACCUUGCAAUGGCUGGAUCUUCAUAAAAACCGACUUUCUGAGCUCUCGAAUCGCUUCAACUUGGAUUCCCAAAUUCGACUACAAACUCUCGACGCAAGUUUCAACCAACUCAUCAGAGUCACACCCAGCUCGAUUCCAAAUAGCAUAGAACUUCUGUUCCUAAACGAUAACUUGAUCGGCUCCAUUGAACCACACUCUUUCCUGCACAAAACCAAUCUAACACGAGUUGACCUGUAUGCCAAUCAGGUUACAACUCUGGAUGUGAAGAGCUUGAGGAUACUGCCUAUUCCCGAUAAUCGACCUCUACCCGAGUUUUACAUCGGGGGAAAUCCUUUCCUCUGUGAUUGCAACAUCGACUGGCUGCAAAAAAUUAACCACAUGACUUCCAGACAAUAUCCACGAAUCAUGGACCUGGAAACUAUCUACUGCAAGCUCCUGCACACUCGAGAACGAGCAUACAUUCCCUUAAUGGAGGCGGAAGCCAAGCAUUUCUUGUGCACUUACAAAAACCACUGCUUUGCAGUGUGCCACUGCUGCGCUUCGGAAUCGUGUGACUGUGAGAUGACUUGCCCCAGCAAUUGUACAUGCUUCCACGACCAAACCUGGUCCACAAACAUUGUUGAGUGCUCUGGAGCAGGAUACACUGAAAUGCCAAAGAAAGUUCCCAUGGACACCACCGAGCUCUACAUUGACGGCAGCCACUUCCCCGAACUUGCUCCACACACAUUCGUCGGUAGAAAGAAUCUCAUCGUUCUCUACGUCAACAACUCCAAUGUCCAGCUCAUGCACAACACAACUUUCGUCGGGCUGAAAAAGCUAACCAUCCUCCAUCUGGAAGAAAACCACAUGGUAAGCCUAGUUGGGGACGAGUUCUCCAUGCUGGAGAGUCUCCGAGAACUCUAUCUCCACAACAAUAAACUUGCCUUCAUCGGAAAUGGAACCUUCCAGGGCUUGAGAAAGCUCGAAGUUCUUCGCCUCGAUGGAAAUCGUUUGAUCCACUUUGAAGUUUGGCAACUUGCCCAUAGUCCAUAUCUCGUCGAAAUCAGCCUUGCUGACAAUCCCUGGUCAUGUGAGUGCAGCUACCUCAGCAAAUUCAGAGCCUACCUUGGUCAGUCUUCCGAGAAAAUCGUCGAUGCCAAUCGCGUUGCCUGUGUCUACAACAAUCUCACAAGCAUCCUAAGAGAGAAAAACGGAACCAAGUGCACGUUACGAGAUGACCUCGGUGCAUACGUCAGAUCCAGUGAAAUCGAGAAUCUUCUGCCUCUUCUCCUCGCAGCCACCUGUGCUUUUGUCGGAUUUUUCGGCCUCAUCAUGGGCCUAUUCUGCUAUCGCCAUGAACUGAAAAUGUGGGCCCAUUCCAACUGCUUCUUUACAAUGUGCUACCGGUCUCCUGCCUUCAUUGACAACUUCGUCGAAAACAAAGACCAUCGCUUGUGCGACGCCUACUUUGCCUACAGUCUACAAGACGAGCACUUCGUAAGCCAGAUUCUUGCCCACGCCCUCGAGGCAGACAUUGGAUACCGACUCAACUUGCAUUACCGCGACACAAACUUGAAUGCCUACAUUGCCGAUGCCAUCUUGGAGGCCGCAGAAGGCUCUAAAAUGGUCGUCCUGGUGCUCUCGAAGAACUUCCUCUACAACGAAUGGUCAAGGUUCGAGUACAAAAGUGCCUUCCAUGAGAUGGUCAAGAGAAGGAAGCGCCUGGUCUUCAUCCUCUAUGGUGAUCUGCCUCAGCGCGACAUCGACAUGGACAUGAGACACUAUCUCCGCACCAGUACCUGCAUCGAAUGGGACGACAAGAAAUUCUGGCAGAAACUUCGCAUGGCGCUUCCCCAUCUGCCUCGCGGAGGCAACAAACGCCACUGUUCCGGGCCACCUCCUUCGGCGGUGAACAUCUAUGCCACCGCACACGACUACGGAGUCGGAACUCUGCCAAGGCCAGCGGCCCCAGAAUGUCCUAAACGCUUCGGCGAUUGCAACAACUAUGCCACCAUCAACGACUGCAGCAGAACAUACCCUGCGGCGACGGGACCUCCUUGCAAAUUCAAUUCCAUGAACGAGAAAGGCCACGACAGACAGCACGAGUACGCAGUGCCUUCUCACUACUCCUCAGCCCCAUCUCCCGGUGAGUACGAACGUGAAAAGAAUUGCGAAUGCGGCAAGAAAACCGGCUCCUCCUCAUCACCGCAAUCCGGCACAACGGCGACUGUGAAUUCAGCUGCUGGCAGCAUAAAUGCCAGCUUCUCAACGAACUUCACUAAUCCUCCGCCUCCUUCGGUUACGGGCGGCUCCAACAAUGCCACCAACACAUUCCACAGUUUCAACUGCAAGAAAACAUGCAGUUGUAGUGCCAAUGGUGGCACCCUACGACAGCAGCAUCCCUCAUCAGCGACUCAUUCCAAUCUCUACGAGUCCAAUUUAUCCUUGAACGACAUCAGCAACAGUCUGGAUAGUCGGCCGGCUUCCACCAAGGACAUCUGGGCGUAAGGAAAAUUAUAUUUAUACUAAAAAAAUUUAAAUUUUCUUGUAUUUUUUAACAAAAAACAAACAAAAACAACAAAAAAAAAUCCAAUUGAAUAUAAAAUUAUUAACGAAACCACAACAGACUGAACGAAAACUAUAGUUAAUUUAUUUUUAAUUUAAUUUAUUAUAAUUUUUUAAGUUUAAUUUUUUUUUUAUAAAUAUUUAUGUGUACAGAAAUAUGUAUUUUCAAUUUUCGUCCUUCGUAGACCGUUCGUCAACGCGACCACUACCACGACGACGUCACUCAUAGUAUAUCCUUUUUUCAAUCCUCUUUUGUGUUCGUCAUCAAGCAACACGGCAAAAAGCAUCGCAAAUUGAUCCGGGAUUCAAUUUAAAUUAUCCUUUGUUGUGUUUUUUUGUCUAUAUAAAUAUUAAACCGCUCUGGUCUGUCUUUUCCUCUCAUUCAUUCCCACAGCCUCUGUUAUCCUUUGUCAGUCCGCGAAAACAUUUGCCAUCUCAUUUCCAUUGAACAAAAGGCAUUGUGGUGGUGCAGCGCUCGCAUAGCCAGCACAAUCCUGAAAAAUGCCAAUGCGUAUAUAUUUUUAUAUAUCAAGAUAUCAAUAGUGCAAUCAAUUCGCAAUUAUCCUUUUCGACACGAAAAAAAACAUAAAUAAAUAUGAUAAUAACAGUUCCGUUUGGUUACGCUUUUCCUGCUUUAGCAAGGAUUUUACUGGCACACACAAAAAGAAAAAACACACUUAAUU